AAAUUAUUUUUCAUUUUAGGUGUAUGGAUAUCAUUACAGUAUUAUGGUGGGAAUAAUUAUGGUGCUCAUUGCACACACAAACCUCGCUUAACUGAUAUUAUGAUCAUAUGUGAUGAAUCUGCAACCAUAGAUGAAUUUAGAUUUGUAGAAGAAAGAAGAGAACUAGAUAAAGAACUCUGUUUUUAUCAGUUUGAAUUAAAAACUGCAAAAAUUUGUCCUAAAAAGGAAGAUGUAUUAAGUUUUGGAAGUAUUUUCUGUAUCAUAUUUUUCAGUUCUACCGGUUUAUAUUUUCUGUUUGGAUUAUUAUAUCACCGAAUAGUAGUAGGAGCCAAAGGAUUGGAGCAAAUUCCAAAUUAUUCAUUUUGGCAAGAUUUUGGUAACUUACAAGCUGACGGAUGUGAUUUUCUUUGCCGUUGUGGUUCGAGACACCAGUCUCAGGCAUAUAGAGGAAUAGAUGACUGCUUAGAUAGAGAAGAAGAAGAACGUGACGACCAAUUGUUAACUAUGUAAAAAGAAAAAUAUAUAAAGGCUUUUGCACAAAGCUAAAUUUGUCAGCCCAUUCAAAUUUGAGUCUGUAAUCCACAAGAUUCUAGUCUACAAAUUCAUAGCGAGUAAUAUUUAUUUGAUAAAAUAAUUAUCCAAAAUUUUUACAUAGCCUGUUUGGUACAUUUACAAAGCUGUAUAUGUACAUAAAGUGGGUGUGAUUAUUGUCAUAUUGCUAAGUCAGUCUUCUGCUUAAGAAUGAAAAUAAUUUUCUUUUGCACAAUGAUGUAUAUAAUGACGUUUUUAAAAAUCUAAUUUAUUUUUUAAUGUCUAAGGGAUAAUAU